GGCGGCGGCGGCGGCGGCGGCGGCGGCGGCGGCAGGAUUCCCAGGAGCCAUGUUGUCAGAAGUCCUACUGGUGUCUGCUCCGGGGAAAGUCAUCCUUCAUGGAGAACAUGCCGUGGUACAUGGCAAGGUUGCACUGGCUGUAGCCUUGAACUUGAGAACAUUUCUCCGGCUUCAACCCCACAGCAAUGGGAAAGUGGACCUCAGCUUACCCAACAUUGGUAUCAAGUGGGCCUGGGACGUGGCCAGGCUUCAGCUACUGGACACAAGCUUUCUGGAGCAAGGUGAUGCCACAACACCCACCCCAGAGCUAGUGGAGAAGCUGAAGGAGGUGGCAGGCUUGCCUGACGACUGUGCUGUCACCGAGAGCCUGGCUGUGCUGGCCUUUCUCUACUUAUACCUGUCCAUCUGCCGGAAGCAGAGGGCCCUGCCGAGCCUGGAUAUCGUAGUGUGGUCAGAGUUGCCCCACGGGGCGGGCUUGGGCUCCAGCGCCGCCUACUCGGUGUGUCUGGCAGCGGCCCUCCUGACUGUGUGCGAGGAGAUCCCAAACCCGCUGAAGGAUGGAGAUCGCGUCAACAGGUGGACCAAGGAGGAUUUGGAGCUAAUUAACAAGUGGGCUUUCCAAGGGGAGAGAGUGAUUCACGGGAACCCCUCUGGAGUGGACAAUGCUGUCAGCACCUGGGGAGGAGCCCUCCGAUACCAACAAGGGAAGAUUUCAUCUUUAAAGAGGCCGCCGGCUCUCCAGAUCCUGCUGACCAACACCAAAGUCCCUCGCAAUACCAGGACCCUCGUGGCUGGUGUCAGAAACAGGCUGCUCAAGUUCCCAGAGAUCGUGGCCCCACUCCUGACCUCGAUAGAUGCCAUCUCCCUGGAGUGUGAGCGUGUGCUGGGAGAGAUGGGGGAAGCUCCAGCCCCAGAGCAGUACCUCGUACUAGAAGAGCUCAUUGACAUGAACCAGCACCAUCUGAAUGCCCUUGGUGUGGGCCACGCGUCUCUGGACCAGCUCUGCCAGGUGACCAGGGCCCGCGGACUUCACAGCAAGCUGACUGGUGCAGGCGGUGGUGGCUGUGGCAUCACACUCCUCAAGCCAGGGCUGGAGCAGCCAGAGGUGGAGGCCACGAAGCAGGCCCUGACCAGCUGUGGCUUUGACUGCUGGGAAACCAGCAUCGGUGCCCCCGGUGUCUCCAUCCACUCAGCCACCUCCCUGGACAGCCGAGUCCAGCAAGCCCUGGAUGGCCUCUGAGAGGAGCCCACGACACUGCAGCCCCACCCAGAUGCCCCUUUCUGGAUUAUUCUGGGGGCUGCAAUUUGCCCCUGUGCUGCCCAGCGGGCGCCCAGCUCCUGACACUGCUGGAGAGGCUCCAGCCGCUUGGUGAUGCCGGCCGAGCUCUGCAGUCCCAGCGGUGGGACCUACGGAGGCAUGGUCUGCGCUCUGCGUCCUCUGAAGCCAGCUGAGCAGGAGGCCUAGGAGGGGCCUCUGAGGCUCCAGACCUGAGACAGAGGGGCCGCUUUCCCGAAGCUCCCACAGUCCCACCUGCUUCAGGCCCCGGCCUUGGCCUGUGUUCUCCCUGGCCGCCUGGGUCGGAUGCUCAGAUGCUGGGGCCCGGUUCCCGGAGAAAUGUGCCUUCUAUCUCCCUCUGCAGGGACCGCCCCCGUCUCUCAGAGCCAGGUCUCUCCCUCCUCCUCCAGGAAGCCUUCCCCUACCCCUUGUCCCCCCUCCCUCCCAGAGCACCUGCUAUCUGGGUCGCUCACUCAGCACUUGCUGCGGCCUUCCCUUCUACCUAGCGGGACGGGGCUCCCCCAGGGGCUGUCCUGGAGGCGGUGGGCCUGGUUAAAUAAGGCAGGGUCCAUGUGCAGUUUCUUCCAAUCUGUACCUGAGAGGUUUGUGGAAAAGAAAGCAAAGGGGGAAUAAAAAGAUUUUGUGUCAGCAGUAGACUAGGGAGACUCCAGGCCACUAGCACCUUCCUCCUCUGUCCCCGUCCCCUUUCCAGCUGUUUCCUCCAUGGAGCUCUUCAGCAGUGGAGGGAAAUAAGGGUUUGGCGUCACUUUGUUGUGUGUCUUGGGGAUGAGGUGGCUUUUCCUGGAUGGCCCUUGCUGGAGAGGGACUGGAACGCGGCUCUCAGUCCAUCAGCACAACUCCAGGCUGCUGCUGCAGAGGGAGAAGUUGAGCUUCCUAGCUCCAGAAUCCCAAGCAGCCACGAGAGCACAGACCUGUGUAAGACAGGAAAGCAGAACCUGCCACCGCUCCUGGGCAUGCCUUCCUUUCUGAAAUGAACUGGCUGGAUGGAGAAAACAGACUCAAAUGUUCAUAGCCCAGGUGCCUGGCACUCCCUACCCCCACCCCCCAGCCCCCACUGGCCCUGUUUGAACUUUAUAUUGCAGUUGGCUUGGUGCUUUCUGAAGUGCCAGUGCCCAUCAGGAAACCCUUGUGGUUGGCGCCUUGCCAGCCAGAACCUCGGAGCCGCGGACCUGCGAAGAGGCCGAGUGGAAAGGUGGGGGGCCUGCGCAGGGAUUUCAGGAUGAAGUGAAAGCGAUUCAGUGCGCGUCUGCCCUUGGCCACUAGGGGGCAGCUGGCGCCCUUCCCUGCUGUUUUCAUGGGGAAGGUGAGAGGAGCAGGAGCGGAACUCCACCCCCAGCUCAGCCUUGGGCCCUGCCUGGGGUCACUGCUGGGAAGGUGAGGGUGAAGGGAGGACAACUGCCCCAGCUUAACUUGUAGAAAUGGCCCGAGUUUGAUUGCUGUUCCCUGAUGGCUGUUCCCUGCCCCUUCCCUUCAAAACGCACCGCAUAAAGCAGUAAUACUAAUACUGAA